AAUGGCUGACAUUAACUCGUUUAGUACAAUAUGUGGUACACUUUACGUAGUAAUGCUAGUAUGCCAAUGCUUGUAAUUGGCAGACACGUUUUUACGUUGCAUUUAUGUCUCUAAAACACUGGAGUUUGAAUGAGUAUGUAACCAGCUAGGGAGUGGGAAUAAUGUGAAAGAGGCCCACUGAUGAAAUGCUAUGCCUGAAAAGAUGCAGAUCUUCGUGAAAACCUUGACCGGGAAAACCAUUACGCUCGAGGUGGAACCAAGCGACACCAUCGAGAAUGUGAAGGCAAAGAUCCAGGAUAAGGAAGGCAUCCCUCCUGACCAGCAGCGUCUUAUCUUUGCCGGCAAACAGCUUGAAGAUGGCCGCACACUAUCUGACUACAAUAUUCAGAAAGAGUCCACUCUCCAUUUGGUGCUGCGCUUGCGGGGUGGAAUCAUUGAGCCCUCUCUGAGACAGCUGGCACAGAAGUACAAUUGCGACAAAAUGAUCUGCCGCAAGUGUUACGCUCGCCUUCACCCCCGUGCUGUGAACUGCCGCAAGAAGAAGUGUGGGCACACCAACAACCUUCGCCCCAAGAAGAAGCUGAAGUAGUAGUGUGUUUGUCAGUCGGGUCUGAAAUCAUAUAGAGAUACACUUAAUGUUAAAGCAAAGCUGGUACAUUGAUUGCUGUGUCCUGAAUUCUAAGGUGGAGGUGACAGAAAGAUUGGUUUAAGGAAGCUUUAAGAGGAAUCUACUGAAUUUAUAAAAUGUAGAUUGGUGUUGGAUUUUAUUGUCACCAGAGGGUGACAAAACCUUAAAGUGGCUCUGUUUGCUUCCUUUGCUUACUACAGAACAUAAUACAUUUUUGUGUGAAUUGACUGAAGAAAUGUCCCCUAAAUGUGUGUAGAACUCAAAUGUAAAAAUGGUUGGAUACAAGUGCAAUGUAAUUGUUUUUGGCACUAUUUUCACUGGUCAUUUGUAUAAAGUUCUUAUACAUCU